AUGGAGGCUUUGCUGGAAGGAAUGCAAAGAAGUGGGCAGGGGAGUGGUGGGUUCUUGACUUCCUGUGAGGCUGAGCUGCAGGAGCUGAUGAAGCAGAUUGACAUCAUGGUGGCUCACAAGAAAUCUGAGUGGGAAGGACAGACACAGGCUUUGGAAGCUUGCCUGAGUGUUCGAGAGCAGGAACUUUCCUCUGCCAAGGCUGCUCUGCAGGAGAAGUAUGAGGAGGUUGCCGCGUUGCGUCGCCAGGUCGAGGAGGUGGAAGAGGCCAAACAGGACAUGGUUAAAGAAUAUGAACAACAGCUGAAGAAAUUUCAAGAGGAGUUGUCCAGGCUGAGGAGGAGCUAUGAGAAGCUGCAGAAGAAACAGCUAAAAGAAGCUAGAGGAGAAGGAAACAAGAGGCCAGGGGAGGACCAGUUGGAAAUGAGCCGACUGACCAGGAAGCUGGAGGAGUUUCGUCAGAAAUCACUUGACUGGGAGAAGCAGCGUGUGCUCUACCAGCAGCAUGUGGCAGCACUGGAAGCUCAGAGGAAGACUCUGGCUGAGCAGUCUGAACUCAUUCAGACUCAGCUGGCCAGUCGGAAGCAGAUUCUGGAGUCAGUGGAGCUGGCCAGCAGAUCAGAAAUCCAGCACUUCACCAGCAAGCUGGAGAGGGCCAAUGAUGCUCUCUGUGCCAAGGAGCUGGAGCUGGAGAGGCUCAACAUGAGGGUGGAUGACCUGACUGAAAGCAAUCGGAUGAUUCUAGAAGAUCAGCAAAGAGCUGAGGAAGAAUUAAGACAAUGCAAGAAGAUGUUAGAGGUGCUACAGGAUGAGAAGAUGGAGCUUAGAGCCACCUUGCAAUCUCAAGAAGAUUUCAUUGACAGCUCCAAGCUGCACCAGGAUCAGUUACAGAAAGAGCUGAGCAGGGCUACUGAAACUCUUAGAACAAAAGAACUCCUCAUCAGGGCCUUGGAGGAACGCUUGCAAGAGAGGCAGCUGUCUUCUCCAGGGCUGGAGCUGGAGCCCCUGCUGCUGCAGCUGGAUGUUGCCCAGAAGAAGGAACAGCACUUACAGUCAGAGGUGACUCAUCUGGAGAACAGCCUGGUGUCUUCAGAUGCAAGGUGUGCCCAGCUGAGUGAAGAGCUGGAUGAGAGGAUCAAAGAGCUGCAGUCCAUGGAAGAGCAGUGUGCUAAGUCAAAGGCAGAGGUCAAGAAGCUGAAAGAGCAGCUCUCUCAAGCUGAACAGAUUCACAGCAGUGAGCUAGAAGGGAUGAAAAGGGAAAUCUCCAGGUUGACACAAGAGCUCCACCAGAGGGACAUCACAAUUGCCUCUGCAAGUGGCUCCACAUCAGACCUAGAACAACGGCUGAGAGCAGAGAUUGAAAGAGCAGAGAGGAAAGCAGUGGAGCACAGGGUAAUUCUGGUCCAGCUGGAAACUUUGAGGCUGGAAAAUCGUCAUCUCUCAGAGAUGCUGGGAAGAACAGAGUGUGGGGUGCUAGAGGGAAAAGAUGCCACUGUAAGAGCACUCAAUGAAGACUAUGCUGUUGAAAUAAAUAGAUUAAAAUCUGAGAACCAGCAGCUGCAACAGGAUCUUGCAGAGGCCAGAGCAAAACUGGAACUCAGGCAGCAGGUCUGCCAGGAUGGGCAUGAGGGCACUGCUCAGCAGAUGCAAGGUGAAGAGCCUGAGGCUAGAGAUGGGCAGUACAGGACAACUCAGGAAACACAGCACAAACAUGAUGAAGAAGCAGAAGGAAUACAUCAGAAGCCUGAUGGGACUGUUCAGCAUCACCAAGGGGAGUCCCAGAGGUGGGAGGGGGCAGAAACAGGAUCUGUGACCCCCAAAAUGGGUGAGCUACCCACCCAACCCAGCAGGAGGAACUGCAUGGAGUCACUGGCUUUGGGCACCUCGCUGGGGACAGAUUCUUUGCUCCAUGUGCUGGAUGGAAGCAAGGAUUUUGUAGAUGAAGAGUCUACAGAGUGCAUCUCAAACCAUCAGAGAGAAUCUGUGCCUUUGUGCCUCCUGCCUAGAGCUUCAGCUGGAUCAGUAGCUGCAAGAUACCUGGAAGAGGAGGAACCAAGAUUCCAGCGCAUCGUGGAGCGACUAAAUGCUUACACUGAGGAACUGAUCAAAGACACUGAACAGACAGUGCAACGAUUUGGGCACCAGGAGUGA